GCGCAUUUUUUUUUCUGAACAGAUAAAGUUACAACUGGAGUGAUAUAAUUUCUAGUAGUGUUUAAAGUUUCAAAGCUUAGCAAUAAAAAACCAUCUCCUGCCCUUACUAGAAAGAACUUCCAUGAAUUGAGAUUUUUCUAAAGCAAAACUUCCUGCUAUUUAUAUGCAGGUGUGGGGCUAAGCCUCUUGCUUAUUAUCAUUGGAAGUUUGUGGCUAUACUGGCUUUCCAACAAAAGAAAAUUAAUUAAGAUGAAAGCCAAGUUCUUUCAACAAAAUGGAGGCUUAUUUCUGCAGCAACAAAUCUUAAGUCAAGGUUCUAAUGCAACAUUGAAGAUCUUCAGUAUAGAAGAACUAGAAAAGGCAACCAACAACUUCGACGAGAGGCAGAUCUUUGGUCGUGGUGGAUAUGGUACUGUAUACAAGGGUAUUUUAUCAAGCCAGCAGCAAGUUGUCGCCAUCAAGAAGUCCAAAUUAGUUGAUGAGAGCCAGAUCGAGCAAUUCAUCAAUGAGAUCGUCAUUCUUUCUCAAAUCAAUCAUAGGAAUGUUGUCAGACUCUUGGGCUGCUGUUUAGGGACCCAAGUUUCAUUACUUGUCUACGAGUUCAUAUCCAACGGAACCCUCUUCUACCAUAUCCAUACUCAGAGUCAUAGUUUCUCAAUGCCAUGGAAAGAUCGUUUAAAGAUAGCUACAGAAACUGCUGGAGUGCUGGCAUAUUUGCACUCAACUGCUUCGACACCAAUCAUUCACAGAGAUAUCAAGUCCACAAAUAUACUGUUAGAUGAGAAUUAUAUAGCUAGAGUAUCGGACUUUGGAGCUUCAAGGUCAGUCCCACUUGAUCAAACUCAUAUAACCACUCUAGUGCAAGGGACAUUAGGAUACUUAGAUCCAGAGUACUUUCAUACGAGCCAACUAACAGAGAAGAGCGAUGUUUAUAGCUUUGGGGUAGUUCUUGCAGAGCUAUUAACUAGAGAGAUUCCAAUAUCUUCUACUAGAUCGGAAGAUCAGAGAAAUCUAGCUAUAUAUUUUACAUCAAUGUUUGACAAACAGGACCUCCUUCAACUAAUAGAGGCUCAAAUUAUAGAGGAAGCUGUAAUGGAGCAUCUUUUUGCGGUUGCACAACUUGCGAGAAGGUGCUUAAAUUUGAAAGGAGAAGAAAGGCCUACCAUGAAAGAAGUUGCCAUAGAGUUAGAAGGGCUAAAGAGCAGAAUCCAUAAGCAGCAACCAGCUCUCCAAGAUCUUAAGGAAAUUGAACACUUGCCGAUUGGAAUUGGACCUUCAAUUGGAUGCACUGAUGAGGCAAGCAGACAAUAUAGUUUGGAAAGUGACAUGUUAGCUUCCAUGGAUCUCCCAAGGUAAUGGAUUUAUGAGGAAAUGCUCUUUCUGCAGAGAGCUAUUGA